CUUAAAUACUGGACCUCACCACUCACUUGCUGCUGUCAGUGCCAGUGACAGAUUUGCUCUCCCUCCCCCUGUCCAAGAGCUCCUCUUCCAGUCCAGAUUUCUUCUCAGAUAAAAAAAAAGAACAAACAAAAGCAAAGAUGGCCGACAAAAAGAUGACAUCCAGCCGCAAGCAUCAUCUGAAGAGUCUGAUGCUUCAAAUCGCUUCAGAUCGGAUUGACAAAGAAGUGGCUGAUUUGAAGGUUGCAAAAGAGGCCUACCUGAAUGAGCAAUGCCCAGAACCCUCAUUGCCUAGUGAUGUGGAGGGACUGCAGAAACUGAUUAAAGAACUCCACAGCAAGAUUGACAAAGUGGAUGAGGAGAGAUACGACGCAGAUGCCAAAGCAACAAAGGGACAAAAAGAGAUUGAUGACCUGAAGUUCAAAGUAACAGAGAUGAAGGGCAUGAAGAAGCCAGCUCUGAAGAAAGUACGUAUGUCUGCAGAUCAGAUGCUUCAGGCUCUGCUGGGCUCCAAGCACAAGGUUACCAUGGACUUGAGGUCCAACCUGAAGCAGGUGAAGAAGGAGGUCAAGCAGGAGAGUGCAGAGGUUGGUGACUGGCGCCAGAACGUUGAGGACAAGAAGGACAGAAAGAAGAUGUUUGAGGGCGCUGAGGCAUAAAUUUAAGAGGCACCAGGAGUAGCCUCAAAACAUUGUAACCAUGGACAAUGUGGAUGGAA